AUCGAUUUGGAAUUAUUGGAAAGAUGGAUUAUUAGAAAGUCUCAAAGAAACCAUAAAAGACCACAAUCGGCGGAAGUAUCAAAUGACCACCGAGAAAAACAAGUCUAUCGAGAUGGAAGUUUUGCGUCCAUGCGGACAAAAGGAAAAUGCUCCAAGAAAUGACCAACAAUCUUUAUCUAAAACCCAAUAAGGGUCACGUAUUAUCUGAAUUAUCAGAAACUGUAGCAUCUGCCGUGAAUGCAGACUCUUGGAAUUUAUACCUUUAUGAUAAAAGCUCUCAGGAGAUCUACACCUUCGGGACGGAUGUGAGAAAUCCCACACGAGUGCAAUCGGGUACCACGUUAGCUGCUUUUGUAGCUAAUGCCAAAGAAGCCGUUCGAACGAAAACCGAUAACCAAAAUCCGCUUUUUCCUGAAGGAGUACCAGUUGAUAGAGAGAAUGCUGCUUAUGUACUGUGCCAUCCGAUAUUGCAACCUGACGGAGAACUGACAGGAGUUUUAGAGCUUUACAGGAAGGAAGAAAAUGAAUUUUAUGAAGAAGACGAAGAGAUAGUUAAUAGUUAUUUAGUGUGGGGUGGUAUUGCUUUACAUUAUGCUGAGCUCUACACGAACAUGGUUCGUCAAAGGAAAUUGAAUAACUUCCUGCUGACAGUAGUCAAAUCGAUCUUUCAAGACAUGAUCAGCAUGGAUACCGUCAUCGUUAAGAUAAUGAUGUUCGCUCAGAAACUUGUAAAUGCGGAUAGAGCAUCUUUAUUCUUGGUCGAUGGACGUUCUAAAGAGUUGUAUGCAAGAAUAUUCGAUGUUAGCGGUAGUCAGGAUAGUACCAAUAACAUUAAACCCGAAGCUUCCAAGGAAAUUAGAUUUCCAUUGGGUACAGGUAUAGCCGGGCACGUCGCUUUAACUGGUGAAUCUUUAAACAUUUCUGAUGCUUAUAACGAUAAAAGAUUUAACAGAACCGUGGAUCAACUGACCGGUUACACAACCCGAUCCUUACUUUGUAUGCCCAUUUUCAUUCGUAAUCAUGUUAUCGGCGUCGUUCAGAUGGUUAACAAAGUAAAUGGUUCGUUCAGUAAGAUAGACGAAGAAGCUUUCGCUACUUUUGCAACAUACUGCGGAUUGGCUCUUCAUCACGCUAAAUUGUACGACAAAAUACGUCGAUCGGAACAGAAGUAUAAAGUGGCACUAGAGAUUCUCUCUUAUCAUAACACUUGCACAGAAGAGGAAGUGGAUAGAGCCAAACAGACUCUUCCUGCCAACAUACCCGAUAUUUUAUUAGAUUUUGCGUUCUCACCCUAUAACCUUAGCGCUGAUGAAAAGGUGACUUCCACGAUUCAUAUGUUUAGCGACCUUUUUGGUUUGCAUAAAUUCGAUUUAGAUUGCCUAAUUAGAUUCACAUUAACAGUGAAGAAGAAUUAUCGAAGGGUUCCUUAUCACAAUUGGACCCAUGGUUUUUGUGUGGCUAACGCAAUUUACGUUGUCAUCAAGAAAGCCAGAAACACUUUUAGACCAUUGGAGGAAUUAUCUCUGUUCGUUGCCUGUUUAUGCCACGAUUUGGAUCAUAGAGGAAAAACUAAUCAAUUCUUAGUGAAUUCGGCAUCACCUCUAGCUGCAAUCUACACUACUUCCACCUUGGAGCAUCAUCAUUUUAACCAAACUGUAUCUAUUUUGCAGCAAGAAGGUCAUAACAUAAUUUCUUCUGAUUAA